AUGGUCAGCUGUGAAUCACCCGUCGAAGGCAUCGUCGGAGCAUAUAAGGGCAACAAUUUUGCCGUGCAGGCCUCAAUUGCCAGUCUCUUAGGAUGCGCCCUGUACAGCGCCCUUGAGCUAGUCGUGCUUGUCUUUCUUACAUUUAAGAGAUACCAUGGCUUGUACUUUUGGAGUCUUCUCUUUUCGGCGUCUCUAGGCGUUGUUCCCGACGCGUUAGGCCUACUGCUCAAAUACUUCGACCUCGCCCCGAUCUGGAUCCCCGUCACGUUGUCCACGGCGGGAUGGUGCAUCAUGGUUACGGGCCAGUCGCUCGUCCUGUAUUCACGGCUUCACCUUGUUGUGUUGAACAGAUUAGUCCUUCGUUUUGUUCUGGGCAUGAUCAUCUUCGACGCGAUCGCGAUGCAGGUGCCUCAGAUCAUUGCUUCCUACGGGGCUGUCUAUGCCUGCAGGCUAGAAUUCCCGACGUUUUUCAACAAGUGGGAGAAGGUGCAGCUCACUGUGUUUUUUGUGCAAGAGAUUAUUAUCUCAACGAUAUUUAUUGUCCAGACGACGAAAUUGCUGCGUCUUUAUCCCAAUCAGAGCGCCCGACGAGCAAACAUCAUGUACCAGCUUCUGGCGAUCAAUUUGUUGAUUAUCGUGUUGGAUAUCACACUUUUGACACUGGAGUUUAUGGGUCUGUUCAUCACUCAGACUGUCCUCAAGUGCUUCUUUUAUACCGUGAAACUCAAGCUAGAGAUAGCGGUGCUCUCGCGGUUAACAUCAUUUACUCGAGCGCAUUAUCAGCAAGGAUCCUCGGAAUUAAGUUGA